GAGCCGACUGAAUGUCCCGCCCCGCUUGCCGUAGGAAACACGGAAAAACUGUGGACAUGGUGGUGUUCGGUUAGCUUGCUAGCCAUCUCAGGCUGUUUACUAGCAUGGCAAAAUGUUCGGUAAACAGUGAUAUUUUGUCUGUUGACGAAGGGGGACGUGGAGGGGAUGUGGCUAAAUAAUGGGCAACGUUUUUGGGAGAAAGAGCCGACCUUCGCGUGUAACGGAACAAGACAAAGCCAUUUUGCAACUGAAGCAGCAGAGGGAUAAACUGAAGCAAUAUCAGAAGAGAAUCACCCUGCAGCUGGAGAAGGAAAGACAUCUGGCAAAGCAGCUGCUAAAAGAUGGCAGGAAAGAAAAGGCGCUGCUGCUUCUCAAGAAGAAACGCUACCAGGAUCAGCUUCUAGACAAGACUGAAAAUCAGAUUUCAAACCUAGAGCGCAUGGUUCAAGAUAUCGAAUUCAUGCAAAUUGAGAUGAAAGUCAUCGAGGGGCUCAAAGUUGGCAACGACUGUCUGAAGAGCAUGCACGAGAUCAUGUCUAUUGAAGAUGUGGAGCGAAUCCUGGAUGAGACCCAGGAGUCAAUUGAAUAUCAAAAGCAAAUCGACGAGCUGCUGGCCGGAGCCCUGACGCAGGAGGACGAGGACGCUGUUUUAGCAGAGCUGGAAGCCAUCACUCAGGGAGACGAUGUAGCACUGCCAGAGGUCCCCGCCGAGCCAAUACCAGAGGUCCCAGAGGCAGCGAAAGCAGAACCAGAGAGGAGAGAAGCAAAGAACAAGCCAGACAGAGAGAUGUUGGCAGCCUGACACACUGAAUUAAGAGUCUUUGUACUGAUUCUGUUCAUUUCAGCAUUUCAUUUUUAACUGUUAGUCAAUGAAGGUGAGACCUGCAGACGUCAGAGCACCUUCACACAUUUCACAGGAUCGGCACUGCGUCUGUAUCUACCGUGUCGGACUCGGUGUAACAGAACGAACGAGCUUUUUAGAUGUUUUACACAUGAACUUGGGUUGUUUUCCAGAGUAAACUGAGCUGUGGCAACAAUA